CCGGACACACACACACACACGCUGGGGCCAUGAGUCGGCCGAGGGGGCUGCACUCUGGGCUCCUGGGCCUGCUGCUCCUGCUCGGGACAGGUGCCGAUGGAAGCGAAUUCGACCCAGUCCCUUGCGGCGUGGUCCUCCAGGCCCGCAUCGUCGGGGGCCAGAACGCCCAGGCGGGCCAGUGGCCGUGGCAGGUCAGCAUCCUACACAACGGCGGCCACGUCUGCGGGGGCUCCCUCAUCGCCAGUCAGUGGGUGCUGACGGCCGCUCACUGCUUCCCCAGGGAAAACAAGAUCGAGGACUACGACAUCCGAAUGGGGGCCCACCAGCUGGACUCCUUCAGUUCGGACUUGGUAGUGAAAAGAGUGGAGGCGGUGCACACCCACCCUGACUACCGCGAGGAGGGCUCCACGGGGGACAUCGCCCUGAUACGGCUCGGGGACCCCGUGCCCUAUACGCGCUACAUCAGGCCCGUCUGCCUCCCGGCCUCCAACGUCUCCUUUCCCAACGGCCACCGCUGCACCGUGACCGGCUGGGGCCACGUGAAGAGCUCCGUGAGUCUUCCGGCCCCCAGGAUCCUGCAGCAGCUGGAAGUGCCCCUGAUCAGCCGCGAGACCUGUAACUGCCUGUACAACAUCAACCCCAACCCCCAAGAGCCACACUUCAUCCAGCAGGACAUGGUCUGUGCCGGUUACGUGAAGGGGGGCAAGGACGCUUGCCAGGGUGACUCUGGAGGACCCCUGUCCUGCCCCGUCGGGGGUUCCUGGUUCCUGGCCGGAGUGGUGAGCUGGGGGGACGCCUGCGGGGCCCCAAACCGGCCCGGGGUAUACACGCUGACGUCCAGCUACGCCUCCUGGAUCCACCGGUACGUCCCCGAGGUCCGGCUCCAGGCCGUGACGGUACCCAGCGAGUCCCAGCCCGACGGGACUCUCUGCCGCCCUGGAACGACCCCGCCCAACUCCUCUCCUGCCCCCCUGGGCUCAGGGCUGCUGCUGCUGCUGAGUUUAGGGGUGCUCUGUGGCUUAUCGUCGGACAUCUGAACUGGGUUUCCCAGGCCCCCUGGGACUCGUGUUCCCACCUGCUGCUGAAGGGCCCCACGGAGACGCGCCUCAUCGUUUGCUCCCAGUCAGCUUUGUUCCUCCUGUUGCCAAAGGACUGAGCCACUCUGCUCCUGGGGGCUCCUCGCCCACCUGUUGCAGGGCGGUCACAUGGCCUCUCUGUCUGCCUGCUGCCGAAGGAAUCGAUACUGGACCCUGCCAGCCUAGGGCAUGGGAGGAGAGACCAACAGGCCAGGUGAUCUUCGCCGUUGCUGCAGGAGGAUAAUGCCGGCCCUCCCCGCCCACUGCCGGUCCCUGGCCUAAGCUGGGGUUUUCGGCCCCAACCCUUCGUUACCGAUAAAGUCUGAGCCUCCGGACUGUCUUCCGAGGGCCCGUCCCAGGAGGAUGUCGGCUUGGGGCAGGCCUCGUCCCCAGUUUCAGACUCAACCAUCUCUUCCAGAACUUUGGCACUGGCCUAACAGCUACAUACAACCACACACAAACACGUGCCUGAAGCCAACCUGAUCCUUCUUGGCUCCCAUGUUGCCAGAGGACAGAAGAAGCAAGCUAAAUCUCAUCAAUUGUCUGGCAGCAGUCACCCGGGACUACGUGCUACAGCUUAGCCCUGACUUUUUUUUAAUUUUUAUUUUUUCAAAUGAAGGACCCAGACUUUUCUUCCCAGCCCCAGGAGAACCGCUUCUUGCUCAGGUAGCUGUGCCUGAACCAGCUGCUGGCCCUGGGGCCAGACCCCAAAUCCCCGUGAUUUCCCCCUUCACAGCAGUGCAGCCCACUUGUUGGAGAAGGACUUUGACUCUCAUCCACUGGACCCUGGCGGCCUGAGCCACCUCUGGGGGGUGGGUGGGAGAGAAAGAGAGAGAGAGAGGACCUGUCUCCCCUUUCAGCCCCAAUAAACAUAUGGAGGUUGUUGGGGUAAGCUGGCCCUUGCUGCUGGGGUGGCCUGGGCCCUCCCAUUCCCCAUCAAGGCUGAA